UUAGAACCCAGGUCCUCCUGACUCCCAGACACGGCACCGAGCAAGCCCCGAAGAAUCAUCACCGUUACGCUCCGCGUACGGCGCCCGCCUCACAAACCUUCCAGGGACAAAGAUGAGGAGCAGCUGCCAAGGCCUCUUGUCCUCGCACCCCACGGGGCUCCUGAGGGCCAUCGGCCUCCUGCUGGGUGCCUGGAUCGUUGGGGCGCAGGGGCCCCCCAUGAAUCACACGCGGGGAGAGUCCGCCCUUUUCCGCCUCAACGUCUCUCAGACCUCGGACUUAAGGGUGCUCGAAUGGACCUUCGCGACCAAGAAUCUGACUAUCAUGGAGCUCACGCUCGGGCCCCCGGGGCUCUCGCCCAACUGGACCCACGAGAGAUACAGACGGAGGGUCCACGUGGUCCCCAAGGGCUUCCUGCAGUUACUGGAUGUGACCCCUGAGGACAGCGGCACCUACGACAUGCAAGCCAGAUUCCGGUCAGGACCCUUCCAGAAGGAGGUCUUCACCCUGGCGGUGUACGAGCCGGUCCCCCUCCCCGAGAUCCAUCUGCGGCCCGGGAGCCGGACGUCGGGCCGGUGUAACUUCACCCUGGAGUGUCGGCUGCCGGGGGCGGGGGCGGCCGUGUCCGUGAGCUGGAGGAAGGGGGACCCCCCGGGGGAGCUGGCCGCGGCGGAGCGGCGGGGGCUGUCCCCCGACCGCCGGACCCUGAACCUGGCCCUGUCCUCGGUCCAUCCCGACGACGUCUUCACCUGCCUGGCCCGCUCUCCCGCCCAGGAGAGAAACGCCUCCGUCCAACUCGGGGACCACUGCGCCCCACGUCCCGCGAAAUGGCUGUAUAUGGCAAUAGUAUUAAUUUCCGUGAUCCUGGUGACCCUCGGGGCUGUGCUGUGGUUCUGGAAAAUGAAGAAGAGGGAGAAGGCGUCGGCCGCGAGAGAAGUCGGCGACGAGGAAAUCCACUACGCCGAGCUGAGACGGCCCAACCUCCCCGUGGACCACUACCAGGAACUCGGUCAAAGCGGCCCGUCGGCCGAGAGCCGGAACUGCCCGUCGACCAUCUACAGCGAGGUCCAGAGGAUUCCCUCCAGACCCCCGCGGAGGAAGACGUAGCCGCACCGGCCCCGCGCGUCCGGCCCCUCGACGGGGACAGCGGACCCUCGGCCCUCAAGCGGACACAUCCAACCCCACCGGAAAAGGUUCGGCCCUCCCGGAUGGCCCCUUCCGACAAAUUACGAACCCCCGGCCGCGUCGCUGAAGGCGGCCGGGGUCGGGAGGGGGACUUGUGUUUUGGCGGGGGGUGCUGAGGAAGUCUUCCCCGGCGGCAGGCUUCGGCUUAGACCCUCCCGGCCUGUGAGCGGCUUCCCUCCCUUCCCCCCAGGCCGUCU